AUGGAAAAUUUAUUAUGUCGUACUGAUAUUGGACCACAUGCCAGUUUUGGUGGUGGUGGAGAUCGACACAAGCCUAGAACACCUACACCGUAAGUAAUUUUAAAAAUCUUGAUUUUGAGUCAUUUUUAGACUUAUAAAACGUCCGAAGGUCUAUUUUCAGUUCAAUUUUUUUUAUCAACCUAAGAAUAACUUUAAGCCUAAAAUUAUGACUUUAAGCUUAAAGUUUCAUUUUUAAGCCUAAAGUUUCGUUUGUAAGCUUAAAAUUUUAUUCUUAAGCCUAAAGUUUCAUUUUUAAGCCUAAAAUUUCAUUUUUAGCCCAAAAUUCAUUUCUAAGCCUAACAUUUAAAUUAAAGCCUAAAAUUUCCCUUUAAAUCUUAAUUUUUAUUUUUAAGCCUAGAAUUCCAUUUUUAUGCCUAAAAUUACAUUUAAAAAUUUUAUUUUAUCCAGCCACCGCCCAGUAAUCCUAGUACAUGGUAUAACAAACACAGCUUCAAAUUUUCAUCAAAUUCGACAAUAUUUCAAUACUCACGGCUACCGAGACUUUGAAGUUUAUGCUACAACUUAUGGCGAUGGUGGCAAAACUAAUGCCGUCAUGUUUACUAUGAACUGUCAACAUAUGAAGAUUGUAGGUUACUCUACCCUACCCUACCCUACCCUACCCUACCCUACCCUACCAUACCCUACCCUACCCUACCCUACCCUACCCUACCCUACCCUACCCUACCCUACCUUACUCAUAACCUGCCCUUGCCAUAAUAGAGCUCAGUCUUGGCUCUAGUAUAGCCUGCUCUACCCUACCCUACAUUACUAUACCUUACACUACUCUACCCUACAAUUCUUAAAAUUUUAAACUAAUUACAAUAUUAUUUUAGAUCCGAUCCCUAAUCCAAGUAGUAGCCGACUACACCAGUUCCAAAGUCAAUGUCAUAGGCUAUUCAAUGGGAUCGCCAGUUGCUCGAAAAGCUAUUUUAGGCGGUAAAUGUGUGGACACGGGUGAAAACCUGGGCCCACCUUUGACAAAACUAGUCCAUACCUUUAUUGGUGUAGCCGGUGCCAAUUUCGGCUCAUUUUUGUGUGUCCUACCUUUUGGCAGUUGUAAUUUGAUUAAUGGGCUUGGCUGUGGAUCAAGGUUUUUGAAUGAUAUCAAUUCUAAACAAAGGUACGAAGGAGAGAAGGUGUUCACAAUCUACUCGACCAACGAUGACAAAGUUGGUCAUCAUGCUUGUGGAAGGGUGGCUAGUGAUAUUAAUGGGCAAGACAGGUCUUUUUUGGUAAGGGACUUUAUUUUUAUAUGGCCUAAAGGUUAUUUUUAAGCUUAAAUAUAUUUUUUAAGCCUACAACCUCAUUUUUAAACUUAAAAGUGAUUUUUAAGCCUAAAGUGCAUUUUAAGCCUAAAAACAAAUUCCUAAACCUAAAAUUUUGAUUUAAGAAAACCGGUAUGAAUCACGACCAAGUAAUGUUAAACACUGGACCACUUCAAAUGAACCUUCUCAAUAAGGGAAAACCAUAA